AUGGCGCGACCUCAUCCAUACCAGGAGUCAGUCAGAAGCAGCUUGAUAGACGAGGCUAAGGCCCGCUUACGAAAGCAUGAUGUUGGGACCAGAUUUUCUCACCUGUUGUCCAACAGAUGUUCCGUCCUUGUACCACUGUUGGCUAAAGAAGGAAAAUUCCAUCUGUUAUUCACCCUCCGGUCAGAGAAGCUAAGAAGGUCUCCAGGAGAAGUUUGUUUCCCCGGAGGAAAGUGUGAACCCACAGACGAGGAUGAGGUAGCCACGGCGCUCCGGGAAGCCCAGGAGGAGGUGGGCCUGGAUCCUCGCCAAGUGGAGGUCGUCUGCUGCCUGGUGCCGGCGAUUUUUGAUAAACAGAUACUUGUAACCCCAGUUGUGGGAUUUAUAGACCAGGACUUCCAGGCCCAGCCUAAUCCGGAUGAAGUGAAGGGCGUGUUCCUGGUGCCUCUGGACUAUUUUCUGCAUCCACAUGUCUACCAGAAGAAUUACCUGACACUUUUUGAUCAUCAGUUUCUCUUUCAUUGCUUUGAGUACACGAACCCUGAAAAUGGUGCAACUUACCAGAUCAGGGGAAUGACUGCAAAAUUUGCAAUAUUCGUUGCUUUAAUUGUUUUAGGAAAAAGACCCACCUUUGAGGUUGAGUAUAAUUUGGAUGAUCUACUGUUGUCUUCUGAAGAGUCCUUACUGAAGCUGCAUAAACUCGCCACAAGCAAGUUAUGA